AUGGCUCCUUGGGCGAUCGCGGAAUACCCACCGGAGGCCAAUGAUACCGGCAAAUGCGCCAUUCGGGCUUCCGUCCUGCAUGGGCCACGCGACCUUCGCAUCGAAACACGGCAACUUCCCGACCCACUGCCUCACGAGCUGCAGGUUGCCGUCCGUGCCACCGGCAUCUGCGGCAGCGAUGUUUCCUAUUACAGCAAGUUCCGCAACGGCGACCUGUGCGCCGUGGCGCCGCUGUCUCUGGGCCACGAGUCCGCCGGCAUGGUCGUGGCCGUUGGUGAGCAGGUGCCCGCCAAUACCUUCCGGGUCGGUGACAGGGUGGCACUGGAGGUCGGCGUGCCAUGCGACUCCUGCAAAUCCUGCCUGCGCGGCAGAUACAACUUGUGCCCCAAGAUGAGGUUCAGGAGCAGCGCCAAAAGCGUCCCUCACUUCCAGGGGACGCUACAGGAGCGUAUCAACCACCCGGCGAAGUGGUGUCACAAAAUCCCUGACCAUGUGUCACUGGAGACUGCUGCCCUGCUUGAGCCGUUGUCUGUAGCGGUCCAUGCGGUGAGAAGGGCAGCGGUGGAACCGGGUGAUACUGCUGUUGUCUUUGGUGCUGGCACCGUGGGGCUCCUGACAGCAGCGAUGGCCAAGACGUCUGGAGCUACGACGGUCCUUAUUGCCGAUAUCGACAUCGGUCGAGUUGAGUACGCCCUCAGGAACGGCUAUGCCACUCGGGGAUAUGUUGUGUCGACGUGUGCUCAGCCGCAGGAAACGAGCGAGAAGCUCGCGGCGGCCGAGGCAAUUGCUGAUGACGUCGUCGAGAUUGCGUGUGCUGGCGAGCUGGACGCGGAGGGUGCAGACACGACUUUCGACUGUACGGGAAAAGAGAUGUGCAUGCAAGCCGGUCUCUUUGCCACAAGGCCGGGCGGCAAGCUGAUCAUGGUCGGCAUGGGGACACCCAUCCAGACGCUUCCCAUGUCGGCUUCUCAUCUGAAGGAGGUUGACAUUAUCGGCAUCUUUCGAUACGCCAACACAUACCCGACAGGCAUGAAGAUCAUCUCGUCCGGGGCGCUGCCGAACUUGGAUAUGAUGGUCACGCACCGCUUCAGCGGGCUAGAGUCUGCAGAGGAGGCCUUUGAGCUCGCAGGGAGGACGGCUGACGACGAUGGAAAGCUUGUGCUAAAGGUGCUGAUUGAGUAUUGA